AUGAACGCUUUUAGUUUGGAGAAGAAUAGAUUUCAUCAAAAGGCUUGUGAAAAGAAGAAAAAAAGACAGAGUGAAAACUUUAGCUCAUAAACCAAAAAUCAAUAAAUAGGCAAUUACAUUGAAUAAAAGACUUAAUCUCUAUAUGUGGACCUGGAUUCAUCUUAUACAAAAGCUUCUGAUCAGGACAGUUUUAAAUUAAACAAUAUACCUAAAUCCGUAAGAGCUAAUUUAAUUGGUUAACUAAACAAUAAAUAUGGAAGAAGAUCUCUUCAAUGA